AUGGAAAAUAAAAUACACUUAGACUCUUGGGUUUCCCUUAGCUUGUCCCCCUCGAUCUCUCUAGUGGGAACAGUAAAGUAUCUCGGGGAAACCAAAUUUGCUAGUGGUUUUUGGGCAGGUGUACUGUUAGUCCCCGAGUACCGUAAAUUUGCGAAAAAUAAUGGUUCUGUCCAAGGAGUGGUGUAUUUUACAAAUGAAGAAUCUCCUUCGAACAAUCUUGCAGUCAAUGAUGGUGGUGAAGGUGAUGCUGGUCAUAACAACCACCUAUUUGGUCUUUUUGUUAGGCCUGACCGAUUGUCCCCUUUACAAUUGCACGAUAUACUAGAAAAUAAGUCCUUAUCGAUGAAGACUAAAGAGGAUCUGGUUUCUACAUCUAUCAAUAACCUAUAUAACCAAUUGUUGGACACUCAGAGUAAUUUGGAAGUCUUACAUGUUGAAUAUGAGCAUAUAUUUUCCAAUUAUAAUGUCCUAACCGAACGCCUCAAUCAUUUAGAGAUCCAUGAAAAUGCCUUAGAGUCUCUUAAACAUGACCAAGAUCUUACCUCUGAUAAGUUAGAGAUGAGACAAUUAGAACUCAAAUUGAUCGAUGCAAAUAAGCGCUUUACAGAGAAGGAAGUAUUUUACCUAAAAACUAUAGACUCCUUAAAGAAAGAUUUGAGUAGCCUACAGUUGAAGAUUUCCAGAAAUGGCUUGAAUGAGUCAUUGAUAUCUGAUUUGAAUAAAUCAGAGAGAAUCAUUGAAAAUCUAACAUUUCAAAAUAAUGACCUCAUUGAUAACGUCUCACAUUUGAAAACAAAAGCUGAAGAAUUAGAAGAAGUAGUAAAUCAAAAUAAGGAUUUGAUUCGAUGCUAUGAACAGACUGAAAUUGAACUUAACCAAUUAGUAUUGGAUUUAAAUAAAAAGCUAGAAUUCAAGGAUCAACUAAUUUUGCAAUUGAAUUCACAGCUAGAUGAUUCAGCUCAUUUAAUCUCCAAAUUAAGUUCAAAGUACACCUCUGGUAAAAAUAGCCUCUGCAAUUCCCUAUACAGUUCACUCCUCCUCUCUACCGAACAAAUAGUUCAAGAAUUAGUUUUAACUAAUCCAGAAUAUGGUGAUUUAUUGGAGUUUUAUUGUGUUUUAAUUCAGGUUAAAAAUUUUGUGAAAAUUCUAUCUUCUCACAGAAAUUCCACACAGUGGUUGAAACUAUUUGCCCAACUGGAUCUGAUGCUUGCAACAAUUCCUCACGAUAAAAUGAAGUACGCACUGAAAUAUGAAAAUCAGCUAAAAAAAAUUCAGAAUUUGGUCGUGGAUUUUUUGGAGACAGAAGAUAAAGAUGAAGAGUUUCUACUUUCAUAUUCCAUAAAUUUCUCGUUGGAUAUUAACGAGUAUCUAACUACUGAACAUUUUGAAGCUAAAUUAAUUAAUCGUGAACUCUUAAUUUAUUAUUAUAGCACUGAAACUUCAGAUAUUGACACUUUGAAUAGGCUAAAAGAGCUACGACCUUUUUUUGGAUUGGAUGUUGAUGUUGAAGAAUUCACAAACUCACCACAUUUGAUAGAUCCAGUAAAACUCGAUGAUCCUAUAGUAUGGGAAAUUGCUUCAACGGAUGGCCCAAAUAAAGUCAUGUUUGAUAAUUCUCAAGUCGAAAAACUUAAACUGAAGAUUAAUUUAUUGCAAUCGAAGUUGUCUGACGAUAGAGAAUUACAGAAAAUUAUAUUGAAGCUAGAGAAAUCAAUAUCAGAGAAGGAGAAACAUGAAGCUCAAUUGCGACUAAAAUUUUCAGAUAUGGUGAGUAUUAAAGAUGCUUUGCAAAGUAAAGUUGAGGAGCUUACAAACAGGUUGAUGAAAUUUGGUUUGGAGGAUAGUAGUCUCUCUAGUAUUGAUGAAUUUAAUGUUUUGAACAAUCUAAAGUUGAUUAAAACAAUUGAAAAUCAAAGAAAGUUGAUUGAGAAAGUGUCAAAUCCGUCUCCCUUUAAGGCUCAACUACCACAAAUAUCAAUUCCACAACCUCACAAAGUAACGAAUCCUUCUGAUUGCUUGGAGAGAAUCAAUAAAUUAUUUGAAUUAACGCUUGCUCCGCUAUCACCAUCACCUGACAGUAUAAGUCAUCAACACGAAAAACUUUUGGAAUAUCUAUACCUACAUUAG